GCAAUAUGUUGGCUGGUUUGAUUUCUUUACGUGAAAGUGGGCUGGGUUGGCUAUUUGUUGCUCCAUUAAAACAGCUACUAUAAUUUUCUUGUUCAUUUCAUUAGCAACUUAGAAGCAAACUUAAAAUGUCAGCUAGAGGUGGAAAAAAGAAACAGAAAGUAAUGUCUCGGUCUGCCCGAGCUGGUGUAUUAUUUCCAGUGGCUCGAAUGCUUCGGUAUUUGAGAAAAGAUACACAUCACCUUCGCAUAGGAGCCGGUUCACCAGUGUACAUGGCUGCAGUCAUUGAAUAUCUUGUUGGUUGGUGUGCUACUAAAAUCACUUUUUAAAAAAUGCGAUAAAUUUUGAUAAUGUUUUAUCAAGGGUUUUAUUAAUUGCAGUCUUCUAAAUAAAAUAUUUUAAAUUAUUAGUUUGGUAUAGUAUAAGCUAUACCAUGUACACUCCUGUAGUCUAUACCAUACUCAUACUCAUACAUACAUUUAUACAUCUUGACUUUCAAAAUCAGGUCAACUUAAUUCUUCAAUUUAUUAAAACUUACUUCAAGUCCAAGUGCCAGUCCAGGCACUUACUUUCUUUAAAAUGAGCAUACUACUACAAAAUCACUGAUAUUAAGUAAUAAUGCUACAUUUUUAUAGUACUUAAACAAGAAUUCACAAUCACAAGUAGUAAUAAUUAGAAUACAAUUCAAUAAAAUGAUUAUGGCAUACAAUUACAUUUAAUAGUUAAAUUAAUGUCAUUAAUUUUAAUAUUUUCACUUAAUUUUCAGGACACCAACUAAAAACAAUACACAGAUCUAUUGUAGGCCCUAUAAAAAAAAAGCAAAGAAAUAAAUUAGAUACAUGAAAAACCCCUCAUAAGUGACCAUGGGUUGUCUAUAGCCACUGAUUAUUUCAAGCUAAAAAUAAAUAUUGUCGUCUCUAGUUCUCUGGCAAUUAUAUUAAUGUUAUUGUAUAAUUUUUUUGUCAAGUAAGUUCGAACAAGGUUUUUUUUUUUUUUAUUUUUUUAAAAAAUUUUUUUUUUUUUUUUUUUUUUUUUUAAUAUAUUUUUUUUUUUUUUUUUUUUUUUUUUUAAUUUUUUAAAAAAUUUUUUUUUUUUUUUUUUACAUAUUUGGAUAUUAUCAUUUCCAUUAUUACAGCUGAAAUCUUGGAGUUGGCAGGGAAUGCAGCUAAAGAGUUCAAAAGGGGCAGGAUUACACCGAGACACAUCUUGUUAGCUAUUGCAAAUGAUGAUGAAUUACAUCAGGUGAGAGUGGUUAUGACUGUGACAUUACCACUAUAUUCUAUAUAUCACGCCACUGGCCCAAAUGAAAUAUUUAAAUAAAAUUAGAAAGAUCAAACUUGAUAUUUUCUCACAAGAGGUAGUUUUAAAAAAGAAUUUCUAUAUAAUACUACACAACAUGUUUUCCAGAUGUAACAUAUAAUUAAGUAGUAGGCCUAUGCACAUUGAUGUUAAUGAAAUAAAAAAAAUUUCAUGACAUAAAACCCCCCAAAAUCCACAUUUUAAUUUUUAAACUGAAUUUCAGAUCAAUCUUUAUAUCUUUAAAAACUAUAUUUAUGCUUUGCUCAUAAUUAUAUGAUAUAAAUGUUGCUAAUUAGAGAAACUUUUUAAAAACUAUAACACAAAAGUCAAAUUUAUUGAUUAAUAUAACAAAUGUAUUAAUCUAACUUGUUCUAUUCAGCUAUUGAAGCAUGUUACAAUCGCACAAGGUGGUGUUGUUCCUAAAAUACAUGCAGCCUUGAUCGGGCCAUCUCGGGGUAAACAGCAUGCUGCAGCAGUGGCAGCAGCAAGUUCACCAUCCACCUCUCCAUCCAAAGUCAAAGCAGCAGCUAAAAUUCCAUCCAAAAAAGGAGCAGUUGCUACUUCAAAUUCCAUUGCAGCUUCUAAAACAGCUCCUUUCAAAGGAAAGCCCAAAAAAGUUUGUAGAACAUUUUUUUUUAGUUGUAUCCCCACCAUGGUUCUCAAUUCAAUAAAAUAAUAAAAUGCUCUUUAAAUAAAGUACUGUAGUAUGAUUAAGUUAAUGUUAAACUCACUAAAUACUGCAAUGUUAUGGAAUUUUAUCGUUUUGUUGAAACAAAUUUAAAAUAUUAACAUUUUUUAUGGAAUUCUAAUAAGAUAUUAAAGAUGAAUGGCCACUGAAACUAACAUCAUUGAUACUCGUGAGAAUUUUCUACAUUCAAAAAGGAAAGAAUUGUUUGACAGAACAAUCAGCCUGUAGAUCUUAUUUUAAUUUGUUGGAUAAAUAUUAAUGUAUGUCAAUUAUGAUGUUUCCUUUAAUCAAAUUUUCAUUUAUCAUUUUUGACGGUGUAUAAGACUAGCCCACUUAUUUAGACAGAUUGAAGUUUCAAGUCAUAAUUUUGAUUACCGGUACAUAAGAUACGCCCCAUAUUUUAGGUGUAUUUUGAAGGGGAAAAGUGUGUCCUAUACACUGGUAUAUUAGAUAAUUUUGCAAACAACUUUUAUUUUCAAAUUUUUUAAUUCCAAAAACAAGAUUAAUUUCUACCAGGCGACCAUGUUAGAAUUCAGCACAGAUAUAAAAAUGGGGCAUUGUUUAAAUUAGAAUUAUGAGAUAUCAAGGUCAGAGUUAUCAAGAGUUGGAAAAGUAUUUUGUUACAAAAAAGACUCUAGCUUUCUUACUGAUCUGUUUCCAUUUUAUUUUUUUUAACUUGUAGAAAAAACCCCACCAUCUACAUGUUAGCGUGAGAAGAGUUAAUUAAGAACUUACUUUAUAUCCAAGAAUUUGAAAUUAACUCAUAAUAGCUCGUUUAUUUAUAUUAAAAUUAUAAACCUUCUCUCUAUUUAGGCAGACUCUAUACCUGAUGGAAGCGGGGGGUUCAUGACUCUCUCAGAAAAAAAAUUGUUCCUUGGUCAAAAGGUGAGAGGAAACAAUUGAAAAAAUACAAUGAGUGGAUUUUUUUACUUUUUGAGCCUAUAACAUUUAAUUUGCUUUGCCAAUUCUUAAAGGAUAUUUAUUUUCUCUGUCUUUUGUUUUAACUUAAAAGUUAAAAUUGAGGUAAUAUAAGUGAUCAUUAUUGUCUUUUGUAUGGCUUAAGUACUGUACUUUCCAAGAUAUGAUAUAAGCCCCUAAAUUAUUAUGUUCCAUCUUUAUGAUCACACUAGCUUAAAGAAUUUGACUGUAGGAUUUUGUUUCCUUCCUUUGAAAGUUAACUGUGAUGCAAGGUGACAUAGUGAAAAUGAAUGCAGAUGCCAUUGUCCACCCAACUAACUCUAGCUAUCAUUUAGGGGGUGAAGUGGGUAAGUCCAUCAGCAUAGCACAUAAUUUAAUUUAAUUUCUAUAACUCAUUAUUUAAUGAUGGUGGCUUAAGAGGCUAUAUAAUGCGACUAUACACAGUAAUAGGAUCAAGUUAAACUCACCUAACACUGCAGUGUUAUGAAAAGUUAUUUUUUGAGUAAACAAAGUAUGAUAAAGCAUUGUCACCUUCCUCAAAAACAGCUUUUAGGGCACUCUAUGAAACGAGAACUAUGUUUAUUUACCUUUAAACUAAUAUUUAUUUGUUACUGCGGAAUUGUGAUUGUCACUAAUAUGGAAGAUAUUAGUUAAAUUGAUUAUAAUAUUUGCCCGUGAAUGUCUUUAUGUAAACUAGAAUGUAAAUUAACAUUUUUUAAAAAUAUUUGAGAAAUUUUAUACUCAAUAAAUUGUAUAAUAGGGUAUCGAGCACAUUAUACCAAACUUUAUUUCAUUUAUUAGUUGUCGGCAUUGAUGUUAAACUUAUCUGUUUCAUUGGAGAGUAUUUUAUUCUACUUAUUCCUUGAUAGCGUGAUAAUUAUUUGUUUUUUUUUAGAAUAUGUUAAUGCAAUUAAGAAUUACUACUGUUUUUAAAAUAGCAAAAAAGGGUGUUAUAAUUCUUUAAAAAAUGUAGUUUUGUUAAAUUAUUUUGUAAUUAGAACCAUACGAUUAUCAGUGAAAGUCCUUAUUGAAAGUUUUGAUUUCUUUGAAUAAUUAAUUUUAAAAUCUCCAGGGAAAUUUAAAGAAAUAAGCAGCUUAAAUUGUGUGUUUUGGACAUUUUAAUUUUGGUUUCAAUUGAUCUAGGCCAAGCUAUACAGAAGGCGGGAGGAAAAGAAUUUCAACAAGAAGUCGACAAUUUACUCAAAACUCAAGGUUCAAUAGGCACAGCUGAUGGUAAGCUGAUUAAUAAACUUAUAGUAGUUUAGUUUUAUUUCAGUUUAACUGCUAGUAUAAUGAACUUGUUUAAGUAUCAAUUAUAGAUUCUACUAAAGGCAGCCAACCUCUUGCUCAGAUCAUACAUCAUAUUUCUUGGUGGUUAUCUUUAUUCAACUUGAUUCUCUUCUGCCAAACAUCAAAAGAUUACUUGUUGCUAUGUGGAUACCAUUGGCCUUCCAAUAGAUAACAUUGGCCUUCCAGUGGAUACCAAUGGCCUUCCAAUGGAUACCAAUGGCCUUCCAAUGGAUACCAAUGGCCUUCCAAUGGAGACCAAUGGCCUUCCAAUAGAGACCAAUGGCCUUCCAAUGGAGAUCAAUGGCCUUCCAAUGGAUACCAAUCUUCAUCUGUACCAUGAUACAUUUUUUUCUUUUCUUUUAUUAAAAACGAAGCAUUUAUCUUUAUAAACCUUGAAAAAUUACUAUGAUAUAAUUUUAAAAAUUUAUAAGCUGUUGUAUUGUAAAUAAUUUAAAAAACUAAAUUAUGUGCCUUUUAAAUUGCUCAUAAUUUACUAUCUACUAAAGAAUUGAAAUGACACCUUAAGAAAAUAAAAUGAAAACUUAUUUAAAUAUUAUCUGUAAAAUACAAAUUUUACUUUUGAGCACUUAGCAUGCAUCUUUUAUCAUACAAUAUAGGCCACACUUUUUCCCCCGCUAAUACAAGUCUUUUAAUUAGGGGUUUCGGCAACAUCGGGCCCAAUGUUGCAACAAAAUUUGUUUAUUUUUAAUACCGGUAUAUGUGAACACCAAACUUUGAAUUAUAAUCAGGAGCUGCCUAUACUCUGAAUAAUACAGUAGAUAUAGAGAAGAUUUUGUCAAAUAAUGUGUUUAAAAUAAAUGCUAUUAAUUUAAUUUACUUUGCUACUUCUAAAUUCAAAGGUUUGUCAUGUAAAUAGGAAUUAUGUAAUUUGAAAUUCGACCUCUUAUUUCUUUAAAAAACUUAUUGAAAGGAAAUUUCCACAAGAUGACCCGAAAAUUGAAGAAAUAAAAUUGUGUCUCACUUAAGAAUACUGUUUGAUCAAAUAGCAGUGAAAAGGACUGUUUUGAGACAGAACAAAGGUCAAAAGGUUAAAAGCAAGCAGCUUGCCCACUAGAUCAUAAAAUAUUCCUUAAAAAAAUUAUCUGGUUGUGAUAUUUCAGCCGCCAUUUGUCCGGGCCACAAGUUUUCAGCAAAGUUUGUGAUCCAUGUAAACAGCCCAUCAUGGAGUGAUAAUAACUCCCAACAAAACUUAGACAAGGCAGUGAAAAAUGUCCUAAAGCUGGCCGAUGAGAAACAGCUUAAAAGUGUGGCCUUACCUUCUAUUAGCAGUGGGAAGUAAGUGGUCUUGUUUGGUGCUGGGUAUGAUGUUUGUCUCAUGAAUUAUAUAGAAACAAAGCUGCAUGAUUCCAUAAUAAAAAAAAUACAAUUUUAUAGUACUUUUAAAGUCAGAGGCUGAGAUGGUCAAAGAUGGCUGUGCGAGACAUGAAAUGAGCUUUGCCUCACCUGAAGGAGCUCAGGCACAGUUUCUUUUAAUUUUGAUUUAUUUGAGUUCUACUGAAUACCAUCCUAAAUUUUGAAUCAUGCCGGGCUGGUUGAUUCUGUACAAUUCAUGAGUGCACAGCUUGUAAACAACCGCCAUGAACAGGAAAUCAUUGUUUCUUUCUCUUCCCCCAACCUCACACCUCUUAUGUUAGCCACUAUAUGUCCUGCACACCACAUCCCGGCCAAAUUUGUAAUCAACUGUAAUGGGCCCACGUGGAAGCUGGACAAUGCCCAGGCCCUGCUGGAUCAGUCCAUCAAGAACUGUCUCCAUUUAGCUGACAGCAAGGGCCUAAAGACAGUGGCCAUCCCAUCGCUAGGGAGUGGCCGGUAAGAUUAUGCCAUUACAUUUUUAGCUAGUGGACCCUUGUACAUGGCUGCUUAUUUUCAUUCAAACUAAUUAUGACAAUAGACUAAAGGGAAAAGAAUUGGAGACUUUUUAUUUCACCAUUUAUUUAUAGAAAGAAAAUGCCCUUUUAUAUUGCAAGUAAAUUCUGAUUUUAACACUAGUCCUGAGUCACUAAGUGAAGUUUUGUUAGCUCAUAUUCCACAUUGAAGAUACCUCUUCUGAUGACAAAAUCAUUACAUUAGUUUGCAGUUUGCAAUGAUUUGCAUUAAGCAUUAAAAAAAAACCUAUGUGCUAAAUGCACAUUGCUUGGAGAGACUCCUGGACAUGCUGGGUAAAUUCCCAAAACGCGGAAAUUGUUUCAGAACUAUUUGUAAUGCUGGAUUUUUCUUUUUCAGCUCAGUGCAGAGAUUAAAUUAAAAAAUGUUUAUGCAUACAAUUUUUUUUAACCUUCUAUGCAGUCAAGUCAAUUGACUGAAGUUUGUCUUUAUUUUGACUGGUUUUUUUUUCAAACUUAUUUGUUUAGAUAAAUAAUAAGACAAGAAAUAUGUCACAGAUUUCAUAUUUGUAUAUUUGAUAAGUCUCAACAGGAGGAAAAUUGACUUAUUUCUUCUGUAAAUAUGAGAAGCACAUUAGACUUGCUAAGUGAAAAGACUGAUUUUACCUUUAUAGUAAUUUUUCCGAACUAAUACUGUUGUUUUUGGGGAAAUAUUAAUUUCUGCUGGAAAUUUUGUGCAAAUUAUUUACAUUAUCUUAUUUUGGUUAGGUUUAAAUGUCCUAUAUUUGAAAAAAAAAUAUUUUCGUUUCAGUGCUGGAUUCCCAAAGCAAACUGCAGCUCAGAUCAUCCUUGCAUCCAUCAGGGACUACUUUUCAAAUGCGAAAUCUUCAUCCCUUAAACAGAUCUAUUUUGUCCUGUACGACGCCGAGAGUGUAAAUGUAUACACGACGGAGCUAGCACGUCUUGACGGUUGAGCUUUUCACAGCUUUUUUUUUUCUUCAAUUUGUCAAAUUCCUGAGUUUUAUUUUAUUUUUUAUAAAUUUCGCAACCGUGGUCCCUGUACACACAUCUUUGUUUUAUUCCGAGUCUUGCUAUGUCCAAUAUUAUAGCUCAGUUAUUAUUUAUACUCAGCAUUUUUUCCUUAGGCAUGUGGUAGCCUGUUGGUUUCCUAGCUAAUAUUCCGUGAAUAUUUGCAGCUGGAGAUGAAAUUUCCAUGUUAUAAUUUGGAAGGUGAAUGUUGCCGCUGUGUUGAAUCUGUUAAACAUAGCUGGAACUGAAUGAUUUUCACACACAACAUUUGCCAAAGAUUGUGUAGUUCAAUGUAGAGUUGAAUUUUGAUCUAUUCCAUCCUGGCUAAAAUGUUUCACCUGGCCCAUCUGUUGUGUUAUGCCUUAAAAUGGGACCGAUCUUUCCAACGCACAAUUUCUUUAAAAUUGACCUCGUCAUGGUAAUAAAAAUACAUCAUAGGCUCAAAGUGCAUUAGAUUUAAUAGAGUACAAGCUUAAAUGUACCGUAAUGGUUCCAUAAUUAUUUCAUCACUAAUUUUAUAGACUCUCGUUUACUGCUACAAAAUUAUUCAUUGACUUUGAUUAAUUUCAAUUCUUCUAAUUCUAAUUCUUCUGCAGGAAAUUGAAUUUCACUUGCUAAGCGUACUGGCUUGACUAUUGCAAACCAGUAUGAUCAAUGUGAGAAUAGUACAAUUUAAUUUUUUAAGUAUUAUACAAUAUUAUAAUUUCAUGCAGUUGAUUCUGGAUGUGCUUAUUUUGAUUUGUUAGGUGGUAGAAAAUGAAACAAUUUGACUAGUUUAGUUCAUUUUCUUAAAAAAAUCUUUAUAGAUAAUUUAAAAUUACUUACUUUGAAUAACGAUGAAAUUGUAUUGAAUAUGACAAAGAAGCUGCUUUAUGGUUUUAGUGGUGGAUUUAAAAGUCAUUGGCAGUACCGGUAUCAUGUUAUUUGGCUCACAACCAUCUUAUUAUUACUUUACCUUGUAUAUAACAUGAAUCAUCAUUUUUACAUCAGUGUUUUUAAUGGUGAUAGUUAACUUUUUUAGGUCAGAUUAAAUGACUUAUUCAAUUAAUAAAUCAUACUUUAAGUUUUGUUUUGAAAAUUAAAAAAUAUUGUUUGGGAUCUGUGGAGCCAUAAAAUAUCUAGAUAACAAAAAGUGGGGGGGCCACUUUGAAGGCCUCAAUAUAAUUGUGUGGCGUUUGAAGACAGACUUCUUCCAGCAAAAGUGCUCAACUUAAUGGUUAUGAAAAAAACCAACAUAUGGCAUUGAGGUUUGUAGCCACCAUUGCUAAAGGGCAACUCUUGGCUUAGACUUCUUUUUCUUUUUUAAUACAGCAGGCAUUACAAUGUUGCUGCACACUAAGGCCAAGGCAUAACAAAAGCAGAAGCUUUCUUUGGGAAGUAAAAGUUAUUUGUUGUUUAAUUAUAUAUGUAGUUGUCUACAAGGCAGCUUGGUUGCUCUCUGUUUAAUGCUAUCAAUUUAUUUCAGUUGGUGAGCUCAGAGUUUUGGUUUCAUAGCAAGACAGAAACUGUAAAUGUUCCUGCAUGUAUUAUUCAGAAAACUUAGUGAAGGCAAUAACCCAUAAUAUUGCUAGUUGACUGUAUCUGUAGUCUUAUUAUUUUAUCCAAUUAUUUCAUGUUGAAUAUUAAUGUUGUUUAUGUGUUUAUUAGCACUUUUUAAAAAACGUUCUCUGAUCGACUUAUACUUAUAGGGCCAAAUGUUUUACUUACUAACCGAUACAUGUGUAUAUUGUUUAAUGAGGACGUGUGUUGUAAGUUAGAUGUUAAAGGGGUAUUAUAGGCAGCACACAGUUGUGUUUUAAAAAAAAUGAAUUGUUCAUUUUACUGUCAGUGAAUUAAUUAUCAAUGGAUCAUGACCGUCCUUCAUUCAACUCACAAUCUGUUUGCAUUUUCAUCAGUUUUUUUUUUCAAUCAUAAGUGCGACACCGAUCAUUCCCGGAGGUAACAGCUAGACAUAGCAUUGCUUAGAACAAGGUAAAACCAUCACAUAAUAUACCACCAUAAAAAUCACCAUUACUCCGCAUGUACUAAUAUGGCUAGAAUCAUCUUAACAGCAUAGUCAUAUUCACCUGUGCAUGAUUUCUUUGCAAGCGUCAUUUUAUUCAUAGUGUUUUUUUACAAUGGGAAACUUCAUUCUUUCUCUACUGCUUAUUAAAUGUACAAUUUUUUUAACAAAUUAACAUUUCUUUAUUCAGAUGAUGGUUCAUUCAAGUGUAUUAAUUUUUCAUAAUAGUUUUGUUUCUUAAUUGGGUUUAUACAUUUAAGUUGUAUGUUUCAUUUUAUACAAUUCUGCUUGAACAUUCAAUCACCUGCAUUUGCUUAUAUUUUCCUUUUUAAGAAAUUAACCAUUCAUGUAAAUACUUUGCCAUUUAAAAUCUUUUUUUUUUUGUGUAGUUUGUAUCAUUUUCAAGUUGUGCCUGUUGUUGAGAUUAACCUCCACCAUUGGCUGACUUUUGGGCCACAGUUCACCUGAUUGGAUGGUAGGGGGAUUCUAGUUUGUUUGACUGAUGUGAUCAGUACCAACUUUUGUCUUACUUGGAUGUUCCAUGUAUUGUGAUACACCCCCAUUCUACACAUUGUAAUCACCUUUUUUUUAAAAAAAAGUAUAAUUUUGUAAUCUGUUGGUGAUAAUUAUGUAGGAACCAUUCUGGGUCACCUGUGAUGUUUUCUUUGGGCUGUGUCAUUUUUGCUUAUCAGUAAUAAAGAUAAUUUUUUCAAAAGUCAUUUCAUUUUUGUUGUUACUUUCCUUCUGAAUUUGAUCUACCACCAGUUGGUUGUUUUAAGGCAGUGGUUCUCAACCUGU